UACGAACAAAAUGCUUUGCAAAAUGAAAACUUUUGUAAUAUUGUCUAUUUUAAUUUAUAAUGUUUUUGGACACUUUAAUGGAAUCUCAUCGCUAAUCCGACAUAAAAGAAACGCAGUAGGUGCUUUGGAGAUUGUGCACAAUAAUGCACAGCCGAUUCACGCUGAGGUCAAACCCGAAACCCGGGUAGCACCUGCGGCAAUUGAAGCUUCCACUGUGAAGAAAAGUAAUGAUCCGGGACCGAACUCUGGCCUUCCAAUUACGGAUAAGGUAACACCACCUGAACACGUGGUAUACGACAAUAAGCCACUUCGCAGAUCGUCGCCUCUAAUAAGCAAGCUCGAAUUAAUUCGAAACGUGACAAGGACGAUUACUUUACUUGUGCUGAUUCUCUCCGCUGUGGUAGAAUUCUUUCCGUUGCUUCAACAAUUGUAUUUCUUGUAUUACUUAUGA